AUGUAUAGUAGCAAUAAUAAUAAUAAUUAUAAUAUUAUGUUUACAAAUACAAAAAUGAUGAGAUUAAUUAGUAUAUUAUUAAUUUCAUUUUUAUUAAAUAUUGUGAAAAGUCAAGUUUAUGACCAAAGGGUUUUGGCUUUAAAAGGUCUAUGUUAUUUGGAUUUAAACCAGAAUUCACUACACGAUCCCGGAGAACCAGGUUUUGACGGUGUCAAAAUUACUUUAAAUAAUGUAACAGAUAACAAAGGAAAUCCAUAUCCAGAAAGAUUUUCUGGUCCAAAUGGUGUGUUCAUUUAUGACGGUUUAACACAGCGUACUGUUUAUAUAUUCAGAUUCUCUAAUCCAGAUGGCUAUUAUUUUGAAGAUUAUAAUAAAACCUUAUCUUGCCCACCAGGUAUUCCAUGUAUUCGUUCAACUACUCCAGAAGAUGGUCUUUCAGCAGAUCUUGUAAUUGAAAAUACUUAUGCAUAUAAUAUUCCACUACUCAAGAAGGAUGGUGUAUUAGCAAACCAAUCAAUUUUAAGUGUCAAAAUUACUGUUGAUUUGGGUGUUGUACCAACACAACCACCAACACAACCACCAACCCAACCACCAACCCAACCACCAACUCGACCACCAACCCAACCACCAACCCAACCACCAACCCAACCACCAACCCAACCACCAACCCAACCACCAACCCAACCACCAACCCAACCACCAACCCAACCACCAACACAACCACCAACUCGACCACCAACACCACCACCAACCCAACCACCAACACCACCACCAAAAACUGGUGUAGCUAUAGCCGGUAGUCUCUUUACUGAUGCCGAUGGCAAUGGUAAAAUGGAUAAUAAGGAAGUAUGGUCAUAUGGUGUAACACUUGGAUUAUACAAUAUCAACGAUAAAUCAAGAGCACUUGACGUUAAUGGCAAUGUUGUUCCAAAUAGUAUUACUGGACCUGAUGGUCGUUAUUCAUUUGAAAAUGUUGCCGAUGGUGAAUAUUGUUUAAUGAUUGUAGGACCAGGAUACGUUAAUCCAGGUUGCGUCGGCGAUUUAGUUAUUAAAAAGAGUAAUAUGCCACCAUCUCAACCAGGUGACGGAGUUUCAUCUCCAAAUGUUCUUAAAACUGGUUCAUAUGCAGUUUUCCCAAGUGGUAAUUUUGGUGGUAGUGGUGUUAUUUACUCUGACCAAGAUUUCAACAAUUACUUUUCACCAUCAGACACCCCAAUCUCUGGUAUUAUUGUCAAUGUUUAUCUUCCAGUUUAUGGUGAUCUUUUAACCAGUGUUGUAACCGAUGCCAAUGGUAGAUUCUCAUUUACUGGUCUUCCAGUAGGUUUCCCACUUAGAGUAGAAUUUGUCAUUCCAACCGAUUAUGUAUCAACUGGUGGUUCUUUAGUUAAAUUUAUAACAGCUGGCCAAUCGACAGACUUCAACAUUGGUUUAGCUCUUAAAUCAUUAACUGAUCCAAAUGCUGGUCCAAUGAAUCCAAUGUCCUUCGUUACUACUACUUUUGUUAAAGGUCAAUACAAUGGCAGAAACAAAGAUCAUCCAGUUGUUGUCGAAAUUUCUAAAGAAGCCACAGGCAAAGGUUAUCAAGAUAAAAGCGCAAACAACUAUAUGAAAACUUUAGCUACACACAAAGAUGUUGGUUCAGUUCAUGGUGUUGCUUAUGAUCCAUUUACUGGUGCUAGAUUUGUUUCAUCAUACCAUAAAUCCAAUUCAGAUUUUGGUCCAGCUGGCAGUUGUGCAGUAUAUAAAAUUCGUGAAGGUGUUAUCAAUGUUUGGGCUAACCUUAAUGAAAUCUUAGGAUUUGGUGUUUGUGGUGGCUACAAUCAUUAUUUUGAUUUUAGAGAAACUACUACUGCUGGUCCAGUUGUCGGUAAAGUAAGUUUAGGUCAAAUGACAUACAACAACAAAAAUCUUUAUGUCACCAAUCUUGCUAAAAAUGAAAUUCUUCGUAUUCCAACUGAUGAUACACCAACUUCAAGUAAUAUCAAGAGAUACCAAGUUCCAAAUCCAGGAUGUAGCACUGAAUCAGAUUGGCACAUUUUCCCAGUUACAAUUCAUCAAGAUCAGCUUUACACUGGUGGUGUUUGUUCUGGCGAAAAAGGUAGUAGACUUUCAACAUAUAUUCUUAAAUAUUCACCAGAUACUGAUUCGUUCUCGCCUGUAUUGUUCUUUACCUUAAAUUAUCCAAGAGGUUGUCGUUUCCUUGAUACUUUUGCAAACUGUAUCUCAUCAAUUUGGAGACCAUGGUCAAAUACUGAAAACCCACAACCAAUGCUUUCAACUAUUAUUUUCGAUGAUGAAGGUCACCUUGUAAUGACAUUCAAAGAUCGUUCUGGUGAUAUUUCAACACAAGCUGUUGUUUCUUCCCCAGAAAUUUUAAUGGCAUGUUUGGGUUCAGAUGGUUUAUUCUAUUUAGAAAGCAAUGGUAAAUGUGGUGGAUAUGUUGGUUCUGGCGUUAAUCAAAAAUCACUCUCUGGUGUCUCAUAUGGUCCAGGUGGUGGUAAUUUCUUUAAUACUCGUGUCGCUAACCUCUAUGAUUAUGCUUCAGCAUUUGGUGCUUCUAGAGCUGGUCCAGAUAUGCUUGUUGCUACUGGUUUCUCUUUCUAUAGUCCAUUUGAAGGUUCUCUUCGUUGGUAUAAUGCAUCAAAUGGUCAAAUUAUUAAGGGUUUUUCAAUUUAUAGCAGCAGUGAUUCUGCAGAUUUUGGAAAUCAAAAUGGUCUUGGUGAUAUUACUGGUGUAUAUGGAAAAUCAAUUCCACAAUAUCGUUCUGGUAGAAUUUGGAUCGAUAAUAAUGGUAAUGGUAUUCAAGAUGCCGGUGAACCAGGUAUGGCCAAUAUUCCUGUCUACUUAGUUUCAAAUGGCUCUCAAACCCCAAUGGGUACAGACUUAUCUGAUGUUAAUGGUGUUUUCUCAUUUGAAACUCAAUUAAAGAGAAAUUAUUACUGUACUAUUCGUUCAGAAGAUUUACCACAAGGAUACACAAUCUCCCCAAAGAAUGUUUUCCCAGCACGUCCACGUAUUAAUUGCGAUGGUGUUAAAUAUAAUUCAAUUUAUAUUUCAAGCUUUUCAACAUCAGAAUAUGGUGGUUAUUAUUUCUCUGGUUGCAAUUUCGGUUUCAUUCCACCAAAAUAAAUAAUACCAUUUUUUUUAAAUAUUAAUACCAAUAGUUACAUAUAUAAAAAAAUAAAAUAAAUAAAUAAUUAGUUUUUUUUUACAAAAUAAAAUUUUUUAUUAAAUUAUAAAAAUAUACCUUUAAUCUUAAUUUUAAUCUUUUUUUAUUUAGUAAAUAAAAUCAUCAAAAAUAAAAUUU